AUGGUCUUGGGCUUACUCCUGCGCGACGCCGAAGAGCGUCAGCUCUCGUUCGACUUUGAGCUGAUGCUCCCCGAAGACGGCGACGACCGCGCGCUGGACAGCCACCGCGACCGGCGCCACGGAGCCAUCGUCGGCGUUGGCGGGGCGACGUUCGGCCAGCCGAGUGUGAAGAAGGACUUUAAACGCGGGACAGUCGUCUGCCGCCAUUGGCUGCGGGCGCUGUGCAUGAAGGGCGACAACUGCGAGUUUUUGCACCAGUACGACAUGUCGAAGAUGCCCGAGUGUCGCUGGGGCAUGGAGUGCCAAGUGCCCGAGUGUCCGUUCCGACACGUGCCGGACGAAGAGCGCGUGGAAUGUGCGUUUUAUAAACAGGGCUUUUGCUCGCACGGGUCGAGUUGCCGGUACCGCCACAUCAAGUUGGCCCGCGACGAGUGCCCCGAGACGGCCGACUUUGCCCUCCAGAGCAAAGUCGCCGACGAAGAAAACGUCAAGCGCCGGAAAGCACAGCCCGUGAAUGAGUUUUUCAAGAUCGCUAUUUGCAAACAUUGGGAAAAGAUGGGGUCGUGUCCAUUUGGCGACGAGUGCCACUUUGCCCAUGGCGACAAGGAACUGCGGCCGUUUCCAAAGGGCGAGAAGGAAGAGAUGGAAGCGCGAGCGGCUCGACACGGUGGCGGCGGGCAAUAUGGACCCAGUGGACUGCCUGCUUUUCAAGGCGGCGAUCGACCCCAAGGAGGUCCGUCGAAAAUUGGUGGGGCCAAGCUGCCCGACGAGGGCAAGCAAGCCAAGUACUUUUUGCUCCAGUCGGCGAGUUAUCUCAACUUGGCGCACGCAGUGCAUCAUGGACGAUGGGCAGUGCCUGCAGACGUGCUGCAGUCGAUCAAGACGGCGUCCGAGACGUCGGAAGAGGUGUUUCUGCUCUUUGCCGUUGGACCGAGCAAGCAUUACCAGGGAAUCGCACGGCUGGGUAGCGGUGCACUGGCAAACGUGGAUUUAUCGAGUGGAGAAGACUUGUCAACUGGCAUUGUGCCGUAUGAAGCGGAUGGACGGUCGACAUGGUCGGGCGCGUUUGGCAUCGAGUGGCUUCGUAUCUGUGAGUGUCCGUGGGAACGACUUGCACAGUUCGAAAACAAAGAGCUCGCUGUGUCAGAGUGUCCGAACGGCCAGGAGCUUGACGUGGAUACAGGGCAUGCUCUCGUGCGCUUGUUGUCAAAUCAGCCCGAGAUCAAACUUCAUUACCGGUCCGUGGAAGAUGAACCCAAGCUUCCAGGAGGCGCAGAAGAACUUGCGACUCGCCGACGGGAGGCGGCAGAAAGCUUGUUUGGUGCGUCUAGUGGGCCUGGAUUCGGUGGACCUGGACCCGCGCGGAAGGUCACGAAGCCAGGGUUCGUUUUCUCGUGUACGACGCAGACGAUCGAUGAGUGUUUCGGCCGUAUGCUGUUUGGUCUGGCGAACGACAAGGAGGCGCUGGCCCAGCAGCAUCUGACUCCAGGCACCCCGUUGUUUUUGCUCAAUUUGUCGGACCAGCACCUUCUGGGUAUCUUUGAAGCCGUGUCUCCUGCCAUCGCGAACAUGAUUCCGGGUGCAUUUUGCCACGGCCCGAACAUGCCGUCGCCGUUUCCAGUGCAGACACGCUUUGUUGUCAUGCUGAACGCACCCGCUUUGCCCGUGUCGGACCCACAGAUCCAGGAAGCAAUUGGCGACAAAAGUGUCGACGUCGGUCCGCUCUCGUUGCGCGUGACACAACAAUUGGCAGAUGUGUUUGCGGCGCGCAGUGGUGCGCCAUUGAAUGGACCGCCAAUGGGUCCUGGAGGACCCGAGCGCUUUCGCAAUAAGCCAGGAUCAAGCGGCCCUGGGGGUAGAUCGAUGGGUGGCGGCCACGACGGGCCAAAAGAUCCCAAUGAGCCGACGUUCUUGCAGAAACUUGUGGUGGGUAUCGAAAACGAGAGCGAAUUUGGCGUCACGCGUCGCAUUAUUGGACCUGCUGGAUCAAACAUGAAGCGGAUCAGUGUAGAAGCCGGUGGCAAUGCCAAGAUUCGAGUCCGCGGUCGUGGUUCUGGGUCAAAAGAAGGGGGUCUCGAAGAUUCGGACGAACCAUUGAUGAUUCUAGUGUCCGCUGAGAACGAACGCAGCUUUCGCAUUGCGUGCACAUUGACGAGUGAGCUGCUUGCUGUGAUUCACCGUGACUACCAAAUGUUUCAACAGCGCGGUCCGCCCCAGCAUUUCCGAGGUGGCGGUGGCAACUUUGGUCGAGGUCCGCCUGGUCGAGGCCACCAUUAG